GUCUCUUUAUUUGGGAAUUGUGCUUAGAAAACAAAGAUGUUUCAAUUUUCAAGUAGUGGUGGAAUUGAGGAGCCAUCUACAUGUUUUGACGAAGAUAAAUUCUUCCAAGAUCUGCUCCAAGAUUUCCCAACACCAGAGGCCAACAAUGGUAAUAAAAAGAGGUCAAGAAUAGAACAUAAAGAGGGAGACAAGACAGCUCCUAGGUUAAUAGAGAAGCAGAGGAGGCAAGAAAUGACAGCCCUUUAUGCUUCUCUCAGAUCCAUUCUCCCUCUCCAAUAUGUCAAGGGCAAGCGCGCUGUGUCGGAUCACAUGGAGCAGGCGGUGAAUUAUGUGAAUGAUAUGAAUAAGAAGAUCCAUGAGCUGAAGAAGAGGAGGGACAUGUUGAAGAAAUCGAGUGAUGGGAGUCGGAGCUCGAAUUCGACAAACACUUGUGUUGAGAUUAAGGUUUUGGCAGAUGGAUUAAUGGAGAUCUUGAUUAGUAGCAGCAGCAUCCAAGGGGAGAGUUUUCCCUUGUCAAAGGUGCUUGAAGAUUUGCUUCAUAGAGAGCUCAAUGUUAUUGAGUGUGUUUUUACUAGAGAUGCAAGAUGCUGCCUUAGCAAAAUUCACAUUCAGCUUAAUGAUAGCACAAGCAUUGACCUAUCUGAGCUGAGGGAGGGAUUGGUGAAUUUGAUUAGGCUUGCUUAAACUAUUGCGGCCGGAGAAUUUGCAAUAAGUCAUCUAGACAAAAUCAGGGAUAGCUAUAUGUUGUACAAUUUCAUUCCUUUUUUUUUAUCAUGAAUUUUGUACAAAAUGUUUAGGAACAAUCAAAGAGAUGGGGUGUGGUGUCCCUAAGUAUUUUGUGCCUGAAUACACAAACUUUUAUUAGUAAUAUGCCUCCAACUUUAUCUAGA